UGACAAGAAAACUUCCACUCGUUUUAGAAACCAAACUAUAUAUAUAUAUGUACGCAUGCCAUACUUCUCUCUCAUCACAACAAAAUCAAACUUACAAAGACUAAAACCCAAGUUUCUUUUUAAUUAUUCCGAAAAUUUCCCAAUAAGCUUAAUAUUAACCUACAAGAAUGAGUGUGGAGCUCUUGGAUAGUGCCACAAUCACAAAUUUUGUGGAAGACGAGGAGGCUUUCAAUAGCUCAAUUGAAGACCAUUUCGCCCUCCUCGACACCAACCAUGAUGGAAUCCUUUCUUAUCCUGAGAUGCUCAAGGAGCUUCAAGGUCUCCGUGUUUUCGAGACCCACUUUGGGAUUGAUGUUAAGAUUGAACCAGAAGAGCUUGCCACCACAUAUGGGGCACUGUUUCUUCAGUUCGACCAUGAUCUCAAUGGGGGUGUUGAUAUAGAAGAAUUUAAGGCUGAGACUAAGAGGAUGAUGCUUGCUGUGGCUAAUGGUCUGGGGGUCUUACCCAUACAUAUGGUGCUGGAAGAAGAUAGCCUCCUCAAGAAAGCUGUCGAGCGGGAGUUAGCCAAGAUUGCAGCAUAGAUUAUUUCCAUUAACAUUAAGAUGUUUUUGUAUAAUCAAUACUAGUUUACUAAAAUUAUGAAUUUCUUUCUCCCUCUAUUUAGGAGAAUCAUGUUGGACGCAAAUAAAAUGUAUACCAGAAAUGUGAUAAGCAAUUAAGCAGCGAUUGAACAGUUAGAGAACAAGAAAGACGUCCCAAUGUAAAAACAGGGACUCUUUUCUAUGCAACAUAUGGACUGGAAAUGAACUUCUCUUGCAAUUACUUGUUAA